UCAUUAGCGUGCAGGCUUGGACAGUAGAGCACUGGGGUAAUGUUGUAGUUUGCAGGAGCUGCCUAAAGCAGGACGUGAGGUGACCUGCUCGCUCCACUUCCUGCCUUGUUCUACAUUUCUGCAGAAAGAAAAACACAGCAUGGUCCAGCCAAAGUAAGCAGCAGCCCGGUGGUGUUGUUGGAGCUCCCGAGACUCUCACCGUGAUGCUUGAUCGGGCCGAAGAGUGAAGCACAUUCCUGCAGGAGUUCGAGGCCUGCUGUCUUAAGCUUUAACCAGAAACCGGCCCCUGCUCGCACCGUAUCCCCGCCAAGAUGGCCGCCAGCUUUUCCUGCCCUCACUGGAACCACCUGGGACAAGGAUGUGUGUUGCCAUGGUGAUCAUAUUCAAGAAAACACUGGAAAAGAAGGGCGCCGACGAUGUAACCUCCAAAAGUACAGAUUUGGGCCAGUUCCAGUUCCAGGCACAGACCAUGACCCAGGGGACUGCACUUUUCUCUUGUGGACUCAUGGAGACAAGCCGCUGGCACGAGGUGGGUCACAGCUGCUCCAUCGGGCAGAGGCCGGUUGGCACCAGCCUGGAGAGCCUGUGGGACGUCCUGCCAGAGGUGCACAAGACUUCAGCCGCCUGGGAUUGGGAUGUGGGCUCUACCUCGAGCACGAUCACCAGCCUGCUGCAAGACCUCAACCUGACAGAGGCUGCGUCUUCACACUCCACCGCUCCCCCCAGCAAGCGGCAGUGUCGGUCCCUGUCCUGCUCAGACGAGCUGGGUGGCUGCCGCUCCGCCUGGCGUCCUCAGAGCUCCCGCGUGUGGACAACUGUGGAGAAGAGGAGGUGCCACAGCGGCGGAAGCGUCCAGCGUGGGGGUGUUACGAACUCUGUGCUGGGGUUCCCGGCCAUGCAGCGCAGCUCCAGCUUCAGCCUGCCCGCCCGCUCCAACACCUUAGAGCUGCCCUGCUUCUCCCAGCGUCCCCAAUGCCCAUCGGCCUUCUCCAACCUGACGCCCUCCUCCUCCGCGCCCCUGUCGUCCGAGCCCCUCUACCUCUCUCACGAACAGAUCUGCCUCCCUGAGCCUCGUGGACCCUCGCCUCCCAGCUCCCCGGACUCCACCCCGGAACUGGAGCGCCGUGGCGGACAGGGAGGCCUUGCAAGAAGUCGCUCGCAACCAUGCGUCCUGAACGACAAAAAGAUUGGGGUGAAGCGCAGACGACCAGCUGACACACACAAACAGAGGCCCUCUUUGGACCUGGCCAAGAUGACACAGAAACUUCGGAAUUUCCACAGCCUGAGCUGUCCUGGAAUCACCGGCGAGGACAUCUGUGAGUCGCACCAGAGCCUCUUCACUCUCAGGAGCCCCGCUCAGUCUGACACGGACGACUCUAACGGCUUUGAGUGCAAUCAGCCUCGGACCAAAGAGGGGCAGACCACCGGGAAAAUGUCAUCAGAUCGUACUAUUGAAGAAGCGGACUGGACCUCUUCAGACUACGGCGACCUCACGCCCGGGACGACUAACGGGAAGGACAGUGAGCCUCUGUGGGCGGGGCUCUGUAGCAUGAGGAAGGACGUGUAUCAGCUCGGAGGGGAGCUGGACAUUGAGCAAAUUGAGAGGAACUGAGCUUGACCGUCUUCCUCUCAUGUGGAAGCUUAUGUAGCAGACUUUAAAUGUAUCUCCAGAUGGUACAGGAAACAGUACUGAUAGUCUUAAGGACAAAGCAAGUGGAAAGCAAACGCCACGAGCGAGACUUCACUUGUUUGUUUUUCUCAAGGAGGGACUGAGCAGACCCCUAGUCAGCUAAAAGCUCAACUUUUUGAGACUUUGUGUCAGAAGCUCCUCCUUCACUGUGGCGAAUCUCAACUGUGUCUCAGGAGAACAAGGAAGUCUGGGAAGAAGAAUUCAGGUGGAGAGAAAUGACCUUAUGAAUAAAGAUAUUAAGGUUGGGCCCAGAGACUGGGGUCUUUAGCAUUUCUGUGUAACCCUGAUCACCUUCCUUGUACUACAUUUGUAGAGAAUUCACAGCAGGUUUGUACGAAUUCUCCACACUAGAACAAGCUCCUGUCUCUUUGACCCUUCGUCAGUCGUACGUCGGUCCACGAUGGACAGAAAAGGAGACUACUUUGAGAGCUACUGUUAGCAAAGCCUCUUUCACUCUUAAAUGAGCAACAAGCUGCACGCACACACAGCCUGUAAAGUGUAUGGAAGAGCUUAACAUUUCACACAGUAACAUCAGGCUUCUCUUUGACAUCAAUGCCCCUGUUUAUUGGAGAGAAGCUAUGUGAUGCUAAUAGCGUUAAUAUUCUUUCUUUUUACGAUUUGUAACUACAAAGUUAUGUAAAACAUGAGCAUAUUUCUAUAAGAAUAAAGCACAGUGUUAAUUGUGUCAUUUGAAA